AUGUCGAUGUUUAUGACACAAUCCACCUACGCCUACGCGGCUGCUCCCCCACCUCCCAGACAAUACUCAGGAACAAGCAGUGCCUUCAGUGCUUCUGCCAACCCUGAUGAGGACUGGACCAAGAUCUCUGACCUUGCCGAGCGCCGAAGGAUACAGAACCGCAUUGCUCAGCGCAACUACCGCAAGAAGCUUAAGCGCCGUCUUGAAGACCUCGAGCGCCGUGCUGGUUCUUCUGACGAUGCCGAGUCCGACAAGCAGCCACAGAAGCCUACCAAGUCGAAGCGAUCCCCCUCCGCACCCAAGACUCAAAAGUCGCAAUCCGCAGCUCCCAGCAAGCCUGUAGUUUCCCAGGGCCAGUUCACUCCUCCCAUGGAAACUACCGAUGAGCUUUUCUUUUCCGGCACAUACGACGACCGAGCCCGCUCAGACAGCCCUCCCCAGUUCACCUACUCGACGUACCCUGCUCCCGAUGAGAUCCUCCUUGCUCCCUACGGCUCAACCCAGCACUACCCAGCCAUCACAACCGCUGAAGCCUACCCCAAUUACAUGACAGCGUCCACAGUGCCCAUGACACUACCUUCCAUGACACACUUCAGCGAUGCCAUCAAGCGAGAGACGUACUCCAGCGACGAUGGACUCGCUCCUUACAUGACCUACGGUUACAUGCCUCCCAUGGACUUCCACGGUGGUAGCCCAUACGAACAGUCCAACCCUCAUACUCCUCCGCUGUCGCACUCUUUCGACCAUUCUGCCAACUGCUCAGAGGCUGGCUUCGACUACCCGACCACGCCUCUGUCAAUGCCUGGUUCACCCGACUUGAUUCAUCACCAAUAA